UGCGCGCUGCCACUUCCAUAGCGACUUCCCGUCUUUGUAGUUGAUUUUGCGCCGUAUUUGUUUUCAUUCCUGCCCAAUUCCGCCAAGCGUGUUGAGCGUUCGCCGCAGUUGUUUCGUUUUGUUAUCCCCACGGUGGAUUUAUAGUUAUUUCGUAUUCCCGUUUAGAAGCGAAAACAGACUAUCGUGGACCGGGAGCAUCAAGUCUUCCCGCUGGGGGUGAGCGGCGUGCCGGAAUUCCGAGGAUGUUUUCAACAAAGCAAAUGUGGAAGAAAGGUCACGUUCGGAUGAUUUAACGACCACAGACUUCCGACAACUGGCACGAUGUCGGUACAGUACACGAUUGAUAUCCAGCUGACAGAGUUGGGAUUUCCCGACAUCCUCCAGCCUCAGGAGAGCCUCUCGACGUCAUGCGACGACUCACUCUCCUCUUGCCCCUCUCCGGCUUUGGCGACCUCUGACCUCCCGAGACAAAGAGCGGUCAAAGAGCAGCCACCCGCGCAGGUCAAAGGCCAACAGGCUCGCGUCUCACCUGUGCUCCAGUCUCCACCGUGUCGACAGGUACAAGCAGCAUCACGUAGCGUAGAGGAGACCAUCCGCGUUGCGACCACCUCGCAAGGCGAAGGGAUCGAACCGCCGGCACCCGAAGAGCAGGUUGAGAGCGACUCUGAUGACAGCGAUGUUUCCGUGUUGUGCAUGGAAGACGAGGAGGAGGACGAUGAGGAUGAAGACGGGCUCGACGCUGAGUCGACAAAUUCGGGCAACUGUGUUUGCAGCGUGUGCGGGCUGCGUCUGCCCUCCGACUCCAAGCUGCAGGACCACAUGAACCUGCACACGGGAGCGCGGCCGUACUGCUGCACGGAAUGCGGCAAGCGCUUCUCGCAGAUCCACAACUACCGCGUCCACCUGCGCAAGCACGGCCAGAAAAAGGUGGACCGCCCGCACUGCCGCGUCUGCCUCAUGUCGUUCGCGUCGGCCAAGUGUCUGGAGAGCCACCUGGCCAGUACCCACUUCGAGAAGCAGUUCUACGAGUGCGACCUGUGCAAGCGCGUCUUCACCAACCUGAAGGCCUGCGAGCACCACGUGGCGCUGCACAGAGCCAUGCCCGAGAUCGUCUGCGAAAAGUGCGGCCGCCAUUUCUCCCAGGCGAAGUCGCUCAAGCGCCACCUGAAGAAGGCGUGCCACCGCAUCUUCAACUGCACCGACUGCUCCGAGACUUUCAGCAACAAGAACUUGCUCCUCAAGCACAGCUUCUCCCACCUGGGCCUGCUGCCGUACACCUGCGUACGGUGCCGCUCUCACUUCCGCCUGGCCAAGCUCUACCGCCAGCACAAGUGUGAACCGGGGCGGAUCCACUGCGUGGCGUGCCUGAGAGAGUUUUCCUCCCAGGCGGACUUCAUCCAACAUAAGAAGGACACCGGCUGCUGGGGCAGUUGCGACGUCAAAGGAGACGAGAUCCGAUGUCUGCAGUGUGGCCUCAGCUUCGGCACCGGCGAGGAGUUGAAGAAACACGCCGGGGCUCACCAGAGGGUCCUCAAAUGCGCCGAGUGCGGGAAGGGAUUCCGCUCGGCCCUGCUGCUCAUGUCUCACAUGGGCGGGCACGCCGGCAACUCCCCCUGCCUCUGUCAGAGCUGCGGAUUGGGCUUUCCUCAUCAGCAGAACUACGACAGCCACUUGAAGAUGUGCGGACAAACACCCCAGCCCGCCAGACCUGCGACUGCUACAAAGACGAAGAAAAAAAAUCUCGAGACAGUUCCCGCCACAAAUGAAUCCGGGAAUCCGACGACAGCACUUCCUGAGACUAACCAUGUGCAAAAUAACACCGCUGCACCCGUCACCGACCCGACCGCUCUGCAAGUCGGGCCGGCGGACGCCCCCAGCUCGGACGGGUGUUGGAAGCUCACCCUUGACAAAGUCCCGCCGCCCGGCGCUAAGCUCGUCCUGUUUGUCGCGGACGGCUUGACGUUCCAGCCCGCGAUCGCACAGGCAGUCCCGAAAGUCCAACAUCUGGCAGCCGAUCAGCGGCCCGGCGCGCGGGAUGCAGAGUGCGAACCGAUGGAUUUAUCCAAGAAAGCGGCCGAUCCGACGCAAGCCGACGUUCCUCCUGCUGUGGUGAAAAGUGAGCCGAUGGAGUGUGAGGUGUCGGGUGAGGAGCGCGGGCAAGAAUUGAGCGACUGCGUUUUGGAUCUCACGACGACAAACGCCGUAGUAAAAACUGAGCCUCGGUCUCAUGACUCAUCACUGAAGCCUUAGGAAGAAAUUCAAACUUUUGAUCAUCAAGCAUGUGCAAGAAGCGUGUGCUUCAAGAGGAAUUCCGGUGGUUUGCAGUAACAAUGUAUCCAAUAGGUCAUUUAAUAAAUGUUUUGAGAAGAUUUUUAUCGACGAUUUCAAAUUUUCACGGCCGCUGAAAUUUUCGCGAGUCACGUGACCUACGUGGGCAGAUGCGACGUGUUACAUGCCCUUUCAAACGCUGGAUUACACGCGACACCAUUUAUGCCCAGCGCUGAUUUUUUUCGGAUUUAUUCUCAUCUGAUGAAGAAAUAGCAGUAUUGGUUGAUCGGGAAGACGGAGGAAUACUUUCAUACAGAUUUCCACCCAUGGCUGUAAAUAAUGUUGAAUAUUUAGCCGAGCUUCGGCAUCCGGGGAGGCCGCGAGCCGAGCUUUGGCAGCGGAGGCCGUUAGCCGAGCUUCGGCGUCCGGUGAGGCCGCGAGCCGAGCUUCGGCGGCGGAGGCUGUUAGCCGAGAUCCGGCGUCCGGGGAAGCCGUUAGCCGAGCUUCGGCGUCUUGCAGCGGGCCGCGAGCCAAGCUUCGGCGGCGGAGGCUGUGAGCCGAGAUUUGGCGUCCGGGGAAGCUGUUAGCCGAGUUUGCUCCGCCGAGCGGCAGAGCUCAGCUAACGGCCUCCCCGGAAGCUGAAGCUUAGCUCGCGGCCCGCUGCCUGAGCUUGCUCGUCAGACUUUGCGUCAUUCCCGUCAGAAGAACCAUCCAUGGCCGCCGUUGUUUCCGCACUUAUGUCCCGCGCGUAGGCCUCCGAUUAGUCAGACCCUUGCGUCAUUCCGCCCGUAGAACCAUCUGAAUAUUCAACAUUAAUUAAAGCUACAGGUUCAAAUCUGUAUGGACGUAUUCCUCUGUCUUCCCGAUCAACCGAUACUACUAUUUCUUGUUCAGAUGAGGAUAAAUCUGAGAAAUCAGCGCUGGACAUAAAUGGUGUCUCAUGUAAUUGAGCGUUUGAAAGGGCAUGUAACACGUUCCGUCCGCGCACGUAGGUCAUGUGACUUGCGAAAAUGGCAGCGCCCCUGAAAAUUCGGACUUGGCGAUAAAAAUCUUCUCAAAACACUUUUAAAUGAGAGAGGAUUUAACAUCACGUUGUCAAGAUAGAGUACGUAUCACAUGACCGAUUGGAUACAUUGUUAAUGCAAACCACCGGAAUUCCCCUUUAAUUAAACCCAAAAGUCACAAUAAUAAAAUGUUACUCUUCCAGAUGAUAUAUUUGCUGAUCUUGUUUUUUUUAGUAAAUGUUUGUUCUUUUAUUAAAAACAUUCCUAUCUUUGGCACAUUAGUAUUUUUAUUUAAUUUUUUUUUUUUUUUAGUUUCAUGAUAUUAGGCAAAAUAAAAUUUACAACACUGGGUUCUUAUUCUGCAAUACUUGAAAUGAUUGUGCAUAUUUGUCAUUUUGCUUCAAAAUGACAAAAUGUUGAAAAAAAAACUGCAUGUAUAUUACGAUGCUUUACUUGGGUUGCAAAUGAAAUACAUUUUUAUGACGGCGGUAAAUACUCUGUUGAUACAUUGUCAUAAAAUUAAGCUCAUUGAGAUUUUUAGCAUAUGUGGUAUGCUUUGGGUCAUGGUUUUCUCCUUUUCAGUCGAGAAUUCAUAUCUUGUAUGAAAUGAGAUAUAAGUAGUUUGAAUUAUUCUGAUGUGGAUUUAAAGCUUUUUUUUUUUUUAGAUAAUAGAUUGAAUUAGACUGCCGUGAAUGCCGUAGGUUAGAUGAAUAUUAAAUAACCGCUGAGUCUUCCUAAAGAGGUUACGAGUGACACACACGCAUACAGUAUAGCCUACAGGUACAUAUUUUACCGAUGAUCACAAAAAAAAAAAUCUGUCCAUUUUAUGUAGUCUCUACUCAGGAAUAGUGCUUGGGACUUGCAUUUUAUUCCAUGUGAUAUUUUCAAGUAAACGUUUGUUAGAGGUUGAAUGUCGACGCAUAUUCAUUUUUGAACACAAAUAAAGAU